CGAAGCCGCAAAGAAGACGGCUGUUUUCCGCAUUCCCUCCGCGCCCUGCUGCAGCUCCACAGCCGGGCCAGCACCGACGCGCCGCGGGCUGGGAGCUUCACAUCCCACAGAGAGCAGUCCGUUCAUCGGAUCAAUCCGGGUCUGUUACGGAUCAUCACUGGAAACCGUGUGGGACGUGAACAAGGACGCAUGUGAAGCGAAUCAACAUGGCCCAAUUCAAGCCUGAGAAUGUGGAAGACUUCUAUGAGAUUGAGGAAGUUCUGGGAAGUGGGCAUUUUGGUCAGGUUCGAAAGGUCUGUGAGAGGACAUCGAAGACCCGUUGGGCUGGCAAGUUUCUAAAGAUUCGAAAAACUGCCUGCAGUCGUCUGGGCGUGGAGAGGACCAGUGUGGAGCGAGAGGUGGAGGUUCUACAGAUUUUGCACCAUCCAAAUAUUGUGGCCCUCAAAGAUGUCUUUGAGAGUCGAUCAGAGGUGGUACUCAUUCUGGAGCUUGUUAGUGGAGGAGAGUUGUUCGACUUUAUUGCUGAGAAGGAGAACCUUUUGGAGUGUGAGGCUAUUGAGUUUCUAAAGCAAAUCCUGGAGGGACUGAAGUUCAUGCACAAGAACAACAUUACACAUUUUGACCUGAAGCCUGAAAACAUCAUGCUGUCAGACAAAGCUUCUCCACAUCCCAACAUUAAACUCAUCGACUUUGGCCUGGCUCAUCAUUUCUCCCCAGGAGAAGAAUACAGAAGCACAAGUGGCACCCCCCAGUACAUAGCACCUGAGGUGAUAAACUAUGAGCCUCUCGGCCCAGCAGCAGACAUGUGGAGCAUUGGAGUUAUUACCUAUAUACUAUUGAGCGGUUUGUCUCCGUUCCAAGGUGACACUGAUGAAGAGACUCUGAGGAACGUCAUUGCUACCAAUUAUCAGUUCGAUAAGCAAUACUUCAGCAUGACCAGCUCCAUGGCCAAAGAUUUCAUCAUGAAACUUUUGAUAAAAAAUCCCAAUGAAAGAAUGACGGCUGAAGAAUGUCUUCUUCACCCAUGGAUAAAGCCCAUCACUCGCACACAAGCAGCCACAAGAAGCCGAUCCUCAAUCAAUAUAAAGAGCUUUAAAAAGUUUAACGCCAAAAGGAAAUGGAAGAUGUCCUACAACAUGGUGUUGAUGUGUAACCGGCUUGUCAAUUUGAGACUGCUUUGUAGGGGCACCUCACAUCCAGAUCCAUUACAGAGACAAUGUGAAAGUGACACAGAGGAUACAGAGAGCAAUCCUGCAUCUCUGCUGCGCCGAAGACUCAGCAGCAGUUCAUAGAACUUUUUAGAUAUGCACCAUGAAGUCCAUGCUGCUCUAGCAUUACGGAGGCUAAACAUCCUGACUUCACUGAUCAACUAAAUCGGACCUCCUAAAUUAACCUCACUCAUUGUUUCUAAAGGCAUACAAGCAGGAGCUUUUCAGCUUCUGAAACACUUUCAGACGGAGUGUGUGUGUGUGUGUGUGUGUGUGUGUGUGUGUGUGUGUGUGGGCCGGGUGGGGGGGGAGGGGAUGGGUUACUCAGACCAAUAUUUUAUAUUUGUUUUAAUGUGUUUAGGUGGAUUCUAAAAACUGUCAAUAUGUGCCUUAAAGGGGUUUGAACGUUGUUUGUCUUCAGUGAAGCUCAGAGUCAUUUUAUACGGCUACUUUUGAAAGAUUUAUCUUUGUUAUUAUUUGGUGUUUUAUUUUUGUCUGUAUAAGUGGGAGGCAAGCAGAGCAAGUUUAAGGUUCCACGUGGCCAAAAACAGAAUGAGAUUUUUGGUCCCCUUCCACCAACCAGUGCAGCAUCACUAAUAUCUUUAGGUUAUCCCUGCUUGUAUGUUUAUGUGAUGUUCAUUAAACACAACUAUUUUCAUGGUA